AACUUCCAGAUAAAGAGUACAAAAGGGGAGUCUCAGGUAGCUCCACAAAUCACUCAAGGAAGUGGGAGGGAGACUUGACCUAAAUAAAUGACCAAAUUAGUUCUAGAUGCACUCUGCCACAUGACAUAAGAAUAAUAAUGAUAUUUCUGGAAUAAAUUUUCAAGUCACUGAAAACUACAUAUUGUUUUGAAAAAAAUCACAAACACAAUAGUAAGUGUGAGCAUUUAGUAGUAACGCUUGCAAUUCCCAGCAAUUCAUUCAUCUUUAAUGCAUGGCCCAUUGGCUGUCAUUAUAAAGAAAAACAAACACUGUGACCACGUACAAAGGCAGUACAUAGAAAAUGGGUAACAAAACAAUGGUUCUGAAGCUGCUUAUAGACCCAAAAGCAAACAGAGUCCUGUUUGCUGAAGCUGGGAAACAAGUGGUGGAUUUCCUCUUUGGUCUACUAGCACUGCCAUUAGGCUCCAUAGUGAAGGUCCUGGGCAAGGAUCAAAUGGUAGGAUCCAUUGGACUUAUCUAUAGCAGUCUGGAGACCUUGGAUUUGUCCUAUAUCCGGCCUGAUCAAGAUAAGGACAUAUUCCUUAACCCACAGGGACCGGAACAAGGACAGUACCAGAACAAUCUCCUCUUAUCAACACCAGCCCCUGCAAAAGUUGAGGAAUACUAUGGGUGUGAGACUCAUGGUAGUCCAUGUUCUGAAUAUGUUACUAAAAGUCUUGGCGUUCAAUGUCCAAAAUGUUGCUAUGAAAUGGAAAAAAUUAUGCAGUAUGUUCAUCCUCAGCCCAGUGAAGAUUCAGGAAAUGGUGAAGGAGAAGAAGGUUUGGUUAAUGGUGUGGUUACUUACAUUAUAAUGGAUGACCUUUCUGUGACACCAAUGUCCACCAUCUCCUGUAUCACUUUGCUCAACAAGUUUAGUGUCAAGAAUGUGGACGUUCUCGAGGAGAAGAAUGUCAGCUUGGGCAUGCAAGAGGCUUUGGAGCUGCUGAAGACCUCGUUUGAGUCUCAGACUGUCCUCACUGAAGUGUUCCUGGCGAACAAAGAAUAA